AUGGCUAAAGCCGAGGGCUGGCGCGCUCGCUCUGCCUUCAAGCUGACCCAAAUAGACGACGAGUUCAAGGUGUUAUCCGGGGUCACGAAGGCCGUCGAUCUUUGCGCAGCCCCCGGGAGCUGGAGCCAAGUUCUGUCACGACGCCUCUUCGAGGUUGACCAAAAGGCCAAGAUUGUAGCCGUGGAUCUCCAGCCAAUGUCACCCCUCCCCGGCGUCAUCCAGCUUCAAGGAGACAUCACCCAGGUGGAAACGGCCAACCAGAUCGUCUCCUACUUUGACGGUGAAAAGGCCGAGCUGGUCAUUUGCGAUGGAGCGCCCGACGUCACGGGCCUGCAUUCUCUCGACGAAUACAUGCAGAGCCAGCUCGUACUCGCCGCCCUCAACAUCACCACCCAUAUUCUGAUGGGAGGCGGGAAAUUUGUGGCCAAGAUCUUCCGGGCUCGCGACAUCACGCUCCUGUACGCGCAGCUGAAACUGUUCUUUGAUGACGUCUACUGCGCCAAACCAAAAAGCAGCAGACAGAGCAGCUGUGAGGCGUUUGUGGUGUGCUUGGGCUACCGCCCGCCUGUCGAUUAUGUUCCUUCUAUGACAAAUCCGCUACGUCUACCGGACUACGAUGAUCUUUCGGCUCAAAACGGCUGCAACGCGACAAUCGUGCCCUUCGUGGCCUGCGGAGAUCUUCACGGAUGGGAUUCCGAUCGCUGUUAUCCACUAGAUGCCGAUAUUAUCAUUGGAACAUUGCCGGAGAAGUAUGUAUACCGCGAGCCCGUUCAACCACCAACUGAGCCGGCUUAUAAACAGGCCGUCGAGCUGCGGAAGAACGGCGCUUUGGUCAAAGCUACAAAUCAAUUGGCGCAGACGCUGAAGCCGCACAUCGAACGACAGAGCGGGCAGAAUUCUUCGAAUGCGGGGAUCGAUGAAAGCGUCAUAGAGGGAUUUGAGAGCUUCUUUGUU